CUCGGAACGUACGUCGGGAGCUGUGUCUGCGUCGCGCAUCGUUGGGAUGGUGGCGCAGAAAGAUGGACAUAUGGUGUGGUGACCGGCUACCGCUGGAGCUCUGACUCGAAUCGGUGCGUCCUUCACGUCGCCUCCUCUGCCGGCAACUUCGACUUUGCCUACAACAAGGAGCUGCUGCAGGAUUUAGCGGUCGAGCCGUAUGCGAUGCGCCUGUGCGAGGGGCAGUCUACGCUCUCUUCGAUGCCCGCGGAGAUGCGGGCGAUUCAUGAGGCAGCCUACUCAGCGUUCCAUGCCCGUGGGCGGGGAGCACUACGCUCGCUCGAAGCAGUCUGUAACAAGAUCGGAGUGGCUGCUGUCGAAGAAACCGGUGUGGUGCCAGUGUUCGACAUCAGUAGUAUGCAAGUG